AUGCAAAUUCUGUGGCGAUCAGCACGAUUGCCUUUUGGAAUCAGCCUUAAACGCCAGGUUCUCGUUCCUCAUAUUGGACAUUUGUAUUCAUCGGUAUUGGCUGACACCAUUACACGCUACUAUGCUUUAAAGGGUGCUCAGACAAAUUUGUGUACAGGCACAGACGAGCAUGGUCUCAAGAUCCAGCAAGCAGCUGAGAAGAACAAGACUGACCCUCUUGCUUUCUGCGAUCGUGUAUCAGAAAGCUUCAAGAGUCUUUGUGAUGAGGCCAAUAUUGAUUAUACUACUUUUAUAAGAACGACUGAAAAAAGACAUGCAGAGGCGGUUAAAGAACUGUGGGGUGUAUUGCUUAAAAAUGGAUAUAUUUACAAAGGCAAACAUGAGGGAUGGUAUGCUGUCUCUGAUGAGGCAUUCUAUGCCAGUAACCAGGUUCACGAAGUAGAAGAUAGUAAGACUGGUGAAAAGACCAUGGUUGCUAUCGAGUCUGGCCAGCGUGUAGAAUGGACAACAGAGGAGAACUACAAAUUUAAAUUGUCUGAAUUCCAAGACAAACUUUUGACUUGGAUUGAUGAGAAUCCUACAGCUAUUGUCCCUAAUAACCGUAAAAAUGAGGUCGUGUCUUGGAUUAAGGCUGGUCUUGCAGAUCUAUCUGUAUCUCGUCUUCGAUCUCGUUUAGAUUGGGGAAUUCAAGUUCCCAAUGAUCCAGAGCACACCAUCUAUGUAUGGCUCGAUGCCCUAACCAACUAUCUUACUGCGACUGGAUACCCCUGGCCAAAGGACAGUAAGACCAAGGAUUUCUGGCCUGCUGAUGUACAUGUAGUAGGAAAGGAUAUUGUUAGAUUCCAUGCUAUUUACUGGCCUGCCUUCUUGAUGGCUGCUAACUUGCCCCUUCCCAAACAAAUCUUGGCUCAUGCUCAUUGGACUAUGGGAAAACAAAAGAUGUCAAAGAGUAAAGGAAAUGUAGCCGAUCCUUUUGAGGCUAUGAAGAUCUAUGGUGUUGAUUCUGUUCGCUAUUAUUUGAUGAGAGACGGUGGAUUGGCUGACGACGGUGACUAUUCUGAAGAUAUGAUCAAAACAAGAUAUAAAAAGGAUCUGGCCGGUCAAUUAGGAAACCUAUUGUCCCGCAGUACAGGAAAAAUCCUGAUGCCUUUGGGUGUUAUUCCUAGCCAACCAUCGGGAGAGAUUGAUCCCAAAGACUCUCUUUUGCACACCGAGUUAGAGUCACUUUCAGCCACUUUUGAAAAGGCAUUUGAUGAGCGUGAGUUUAACAAGGGGUUCAAUGCUGUUUUUGAUGCUUUGACAGAAGCCAACAGACAUUUUACACAAAAUGCUCCGUGGGAACUUGUAAAGGAUGAAGCUAACAAGGCUCGUCUUGAUGCUACAUUGUUUUAUGCUACAGAAGCAUGUCGUAUUACUGGCAUUUUGCUUCAACCAGUGAUGCCUACUAAGAUGGAUUCUCUUUUGACACGCCUUGGUGUACCAAAGAAUGAACGUACUUUGGCUCAUGCUAAGAUUAGUGCUACACCAAAACUAAGAACACUCAAUGAAUUGCCGGAUGUUCUGUUUGCAAAACUUAAAUAG